AUGGCGGCGGCGGGGGAGCGGCUGCUGGGGGCGGCGGGGGGGUUCGGCCGGGGGCGGCGGCGGCUGGCGGCGGCGUGGGGGGCGGCGGCGCUGGGGCUGGGGCUGGCCGUGGCGGCGGGGCUGCUCCUGGGCGCGACCCCCCCGCACCGCUGCCGGCCCGACCCGGCCCUGCUGCCGCCGGCGCUGCGCAACGCCUCGGGCGCCCUCCUGCUCAACGCCUCGCGGCCCCCCGGCAGCCCCUGCCUGCUCUACCGCUACCCGCCGGCCGGGGGCGCCCCGCAGCCCCCGCCCCAGCCCAACGGCACCGUCCCCUGCACCCAAGGGUGGCACUACGCCCUGCCCGACGCCGGCCUGCGCACCACCCUCGUCACCCAGUGGGACCUCGUCUGCUCGAAGCGCUGGCUGGUGCCGCUGGAACAGACCACCCACCUGCUGGGCUGGAUCCUCGGCUUCCUGGGCUUUGGGGCCGCUUCCGACAGGUUUGGUCGUCGGGUGGCCUUCAUCUGGCCACUGAUGCUGUCCGUCCCUCUGGGCGCUGGCGUGGCGCUGGCCGUGAACUACGUCAUGCUGGCACUCCUACGGCUGCUUUUUGGGGCAGUGCUGGCAGGUGCCUUCCUCUCUCUCUACGUGGCUAGGCUGGAGCUGUGCGACCCUCCCCACCGACUGAUCGUGACCAUGGGGGGCAGUUUCUGCUGGGUCUGUGGGGAGUUGCUCCUGCCAGGGCUGGCCGUGGCCUGCCGAGAGUGGCGAAUCCUGCAGGGGGCCGUGACGGUGGGGCUGGCCAUGCAGGCUCUCUGCUGGGGGUGUCCUUCCCUGUUCCCCGAGUCAGCCCGCUGGCUCCUGGCCACCCACCAGCUGGAGAAAAGCCAGAGGAUUCUGCGCAGCCUCGCGGAGAGCAACGGUGUGCGCCUGGAGGAGGACUUCUACACUCCAGAGCACCUCUUUGCUGGUGAAGAGCCGGAGGGUCUGUCCGAAGAGCUGCCCCAGCCCCAGUUCCACAGCUCCUGCGAGAUCUUCUGCACCCGCGUCAUCUGGAAGAACUGCGUCAUCCUUGGCUUCACGGCCUUCAUCGGAAGCGGGAUCCGCCACUGCUUUGUCCGCAACCUGACUUCCUACCCGCCGCCUUUCUAUUUCCCCUACUUCUUGGUGACUGGGGGGGAGGCCGUGGCCCUCCUCUUCCUCUGCCUGACGGUGGACCACUUUGGGCGACGGCCUGUCCUCCUGCUCAGCACCAUCCUGCUGGGCGUCUCCUCGCUGCUUCUGCUGGCCCUCACGCCGCCGUACCUGAUGUCCUGGCUGGUCCUGACCCUCUCCCUCGUGGGCAUUCUCACGUCAGAAGCGGUGGCUGCCCUCAGCAUCUUCCUUGCCAGCGAAGUCUUGCCCACCGUGAUCAGGGGUGCUGGGCUGGGCCUCAUCCUGGCUGCCAGCACCGUGGGCUCAGCUGCCACCCCCAUCAUGGACCUCCACAACAGCCACAGCUUCUUCCUGCACCACGUGGUCUUUGCCUCCUUUGCCAUCCUGUCGGCCUUGAGCAUCAUGCUGCUCCCCGAGACCAGUGGCCGGCCCCUGCCAGACUCCAUGCGGGAAGGGGAGAGCCAGCGCCGCCCCCCCCUCUUCCGUCCCCGCCGAGGCCGCAAGGACCAUGUGCCCCUGCUCUCCUCCCGGUCUGGGGACGGGGUCUACGAUUCUGCCAGCUACGCGCAACUCAUCACGGCCACCAAGAAGAUGCUGGGGGCCCACCGGGACUGCGACUCCCAGCUCCGGAUGAAGCUCCUUCCAGAUCCCAGACACCCCAACAGCACAGCUGGGGAGAUGCAGUGAACAGAGGCCCCUCCUCCCCACGACUGCGUGGCUCCCCAAGCUGUGGGCACGAGUGGGCGGAACUGGAGUUGUUUGGGGCAGAGAACAGUUACAGGCACCCUGGGGGCCCACGUCAGCCCCUUCUCCGGAGUGCUCCUAGCAGGAAGGCAGUCUGCCUCGGCCCCCUGGUGAGCUAUAAGUGCCCCCCACCCACCCUCCCACUUGAAGAAGCCAGCAUAGCUGUGUAGGGGCAGAGGCCCUCCCGCCAACUUGUGCUUUUGGCAUCGUCAGGUGAGCUAAUAAACCUGCUGGGCCUUUGUGUCUGGCUCACCCAGC